AUGCUCAACAACAGCAGCAAUGCCCGCCGAGAAGUUCUCGCGAUUACUGGCUCCGGCAGGAGCUCGAGCAUUUGUUCGUACAAAGGGUUCAGUCAUUGCUUAAUCAAGAAAUUUGAGCUAGUCUGCCAACAAUCUUUCGUUUUUGCUUUUGCAGGUUUGGUUUCUCAGUGGCUGCUGACGCAUGUGGUCAAGGCAUCGCCGGACCCGCGGUGUCCACAGCCCUCGUGCUGCAGUGCAGGGGCUGAUGAGGGAGCCUGCUGGCGGCAUGGCCUUUGGACCGUUUCAUACUGUUGCGCAUUGGGUGGAGCUGCGGACUGCUACCGUUGGGGUGAGGAUUCCCCGGGCCACGACCUGGUGGUGCACGCAGCACACUCUGGGGUCCAGUGCCGGCACUUAUGCCAGGCUCACGAAACCUGCGGGUACUGGUCGUACAUCGUGAAUGCACCCCAGGUCCCUGAGAAUCUUCGAGGGCAGUGUUUCCUCAAAUCCUCGAGUGCAAGCAGUCGCGCAGAGCGAGCUCAUCCCUUCGUGGUCAGUGGGCACAGGCUUUGCGAGCACUUUGGCGAGGGCCUGUCGUUCACAUCGGCCCAAGGCCGGCUUGGCCUUCAGAUCCCAGCUUGGAGAACAUCGGUCUCUGCAAAUAAGGCAAGCAUGACUGGCAUGCUGCCGGGUUCUGGCAAUGAGGACUGGUUUCGGGAAGCAGCGAAGGUCUUGGAUGAAGUUGGUUUUGUCGUAAUCCUUGACGCGCUGUCAGACGCACAAGCAAAUGAGCUUUUUCAAACAGCACAACAGGUUGCCGAGAAAAUGCUGACCUUGGAUCCUGAGCGCAUUGGGAACCGCGGGCCUCGGCGGUAUAGCUUCGGAGGGGCUUCCCGAACCUUGCACCUCAUGCAUGUGCAGGGCUGGGAACAGCUCUUGGACAAUCAUCACGUUAACCAGCUCCUCUCUGCCUAUUAUGCUGACGGCUUCCUGGCAUGUGGUGGUGGCGGCGACUUUGUUCUGGGUGGUACCAGCACGUAUCAGUCGUUGCACCUGGAUGUUGGUGGGCCUGUGCAUGGUCUGGAAAAGGCUCCUGCAAUCGGCGUCAAUUUCGUCCUGGAGGAUCUGAGCUGCGCGGAUGCACCAAUGAGGGCAGUGCCAUACUCCCACCGCAAUGCCACAGAGCCACCUGACUUGAGUUCCGAGCCGCAGGAGAUGAAGGAUGCCGUGCUUUGCCCCUUACCGCGCGGGAGUGCAUUGGUUCGAGAUCUGAGAGUUUGGCAUGGAGGCACGCCCAGCGGAUCGAGCCUGAUCAGAUUCCUGCCGAACGCAGAGUUCGUUAGCCUCCUCUGGGGCAGCCUCACGUGUGGGAGUGGCGAGAUCCUGGACCCUUGUCAACCAGUGCUCCCGCAGGCUUCUCACGCACGCCUUUCGCCAUUCGCCCGUGCCAUCUCAGAACGCUUGGUGGAUGCCUCCGGCGUCCUGCAACACGCAGGGAAAAGCACUGAUUCCUGGCUGAUCCCGGAUUUCCGUGGGUAUCACCGGCACAAGCAGGAAGCGUAUUGA